AUGUCUACUAUGAUUACAAGAUAUUGGUGUCUGUUCAUUUGCCUAGGGAUUUUCACUGAAAUUUCAUCCCAGGACUGUAACCAAUUUCGCAGCAGGCUACAUGAAGCCAACCUGGGCAACCUGAAUCUCCUAACAAGAAAUAUGGGGUCAACCAUUCCCCAACAAUGUAUCAGGGACAUAAUAGAUUUCUCACUCUAUGCCAGUGAAGAAAAUGUGAUGAACAUGGUAAAUGAAUUACAGGGGGAGAAUGCCAAAGUAGCUAUCAAAGAACUUCUCCAACAGAUAGACCUCAUCUUCAAGGAAAGCCAGAGUGAAUUGGCUUGGGAUGAAAACUCACUAAGAGAAUUCCAUAUUGGACUGGAUCAGGAGAUAAAGAAAACAGCAGCUUGCUGGAAUACCGAGGUGGAACAUGGCACCAGAUCUCCAAGAGGUCAGAAACUAAAGCUUACCAGGCUGAGAGUGAAAAGAUAUUUUCAGAGGCUCAGAGACUUCUUGAGAAAUAAAGAUUACAAUCUGUGUGCCUGGAAGAUUAUCCAGAUCCAAAUAAGAGAAUGUUUUCAGUGGAUUAACCAGCUCAAUCAAAGGAUUCCAAAUGAAG